UAUACUCAAAGCUGCUAGCCAAUGCAGUCACAGGUCAUAAAACAUGAAUAUACCAUGAUGUGUAAUAAACCAAGUAGCCACAGGUAUCCGAGUUAUGUUUAUUCUCGAAGGAAGGUUAUGUUAUUAACAAUGUUUUGUACUUCCAUGAGUUAAAGUUGUCGUUAAAUGUUAAUGUACGUAAAAUGAAGUAUGGAUUAAAAACUGCCAAGUAAUUAUACUGACAAAGUUCUACUCGAUAAAGAAAUAUGAAGUUAGUGAAGCCAAAUUGGGUUACACACGAUGGUUACCCAAUAUUUUCCGUGGAUAUACAUCCAGAUGGAAAGAGAUUUGCAACCGGUGGUCAAGGCGGAGAUUCUGGCAGAGUUGUUAUAUGGAAUAUGGAACCAGUAAUUAAUGAAAUUGCAGAACUAGAUGAAAAUAUUCCAAAAAUGUUGUGCCAAUUAGAUAAUCAUCUUGCUUGUGUCAAUUGUGUCAGAUGGAGUAAUAACGGGUUAUUAGCAUCUGGUGGUGUAGAUAAACUAAUUAUGAUUUGGAGAUUGUCUGGUGGAUCAGGCGGUAGCUCCGUAUUUGGUGGAAAAUCUAGUGUUGAGACAUGGCGCUGUAUAGCUACGUUACGUUCACAUGAGGCUGAUGUACUUGAUCUUGCAUGGGCACCGCAUAGCCCAUGGUUAGCUUCUGCAUCAGUAGACAAUAGCGUGAUUGUAUGGGAUGCUUCAAAAUUUCCAGCUAUUGUAGCUGUAUUAAAGGGGCAUACAGGAUUUGUAAAAGGAAUUACAUGGGACCCGGUAGGAAAAUAUCUGGCUUCUCAAUCUGAUGAUAAAACGCUACGUGUAUGGCGCACUACAGAUUGGACAGAAGCAGCAUUAAUAUCAGAACCAUUUGACGAAUGUGGAGGAACCACUCAUGUUUUAAGAUUAUCUUGGAGCCCGGAUGGUCAAUACUUAGUGUCGGCUCAUGCAAUGAACGGCGGAGGUCCAACCGCGCAAAUAAUCGAGAGAGAUGGAUGGACCCAAGACAAAGAUUUUGUUGGACAUCGAAAAGCAGUUACAUGCGUGAGAUUUAAUGGGAAUAUUUUACAAAAAAAGCAACCAGGUUCCUCAAAGCAAUAUUGCUGUGUUGCUAUAGGCUCUCGCGAUCGUUCACUCUCUGUAUGGUUAACAUCGUUAAAAAGGCCUCUGGUAGUAAUACACGAAUUAUUUACACAUUCUGUCUUAGAUGCUAGUUGGUCUCCGUGUGGUCUGCGAUUGGCAGCUUGUUCUUGGGAUGGAUCUGUUGUAAUUAUUGAAUUUACACAACAAGAAUUGGGUCAACCGCUGGACCCCGCUGAACAAAGUAGUCUUCAUGAACGUUUGUAUGGUAAACCUCUAGUUCAAGGUGGUUGUAAUGUAAUGGAAGCACCUGAACUUCUUAAUUUAAAAUCGUCAACACCUUCGACUCAAACAACUCAAACGCCAAAUAUAAAUUCAGUAUAUCCACCUACUUCAACUACUCCCGCUAAAGGUCCUAUUAAUAAACAAAUUGAAACGAGGACAUCGGAUGGCAAAAGGCGGAUAACACCAAUGUUUAUUCCACCUCCGACGGACGCAAUGGAUUCGCCGAGUGGUAGAUUAGGAACGCCAACAUUUACAAGUCAAGUUAAAAGUUCAAUUGUUAUAGAAAAACGAAAUGAUGUUGUAGCGCCUAACGUUACCACCUCUGUAAAUUUAACUAAUAUGAAUAUAUCACCAUCCACACUUACUCUGAAGCGUCGUGAACAAGCUACACCAAAACCACAUCACAGUUCGCUUAAUAAGAAACCGAAAAUUACAUCCGAAAGGAAUACUAAUCAAAUAUUACUUCCCCCGUUAAAACCGUCCAGUUCAUUGUCUCAACAGGCUGGUCACUAUGCGGUAACCGUGACCAACAGCCAAGGUUUAGCUCAUUUACAAGUAUUUAAGGGUACCGAUUCGGAACCAACUUGGGAUCUGUAUUUGGGAUACAGCGCGGUAGCUUUAGCAGCAUCACCAGCAGUUAUAGCAGUUGGUUUGGAGGAUGGAAGCCUUCAUACGUUUCAUCCUGCGAAAGGAUGUCGUCCAGCGCCUCCUUUAGCACCACCUGCACCACUUGCAAAAGUUCAUGCAGUUGGAAAUGCAGUAAUGGUUAUUUCAAGUUGUGGGGCUGUACGUGUUUGGGAAAUAGGAUAUUCUUGUAGAAUGAUAGUUUCCACUUCCGCUGCACAUUUAGCAGUACCGGGCAUCUCUUUGUUGUCUUGCACUUUAUACAAUGGAAUGCCACACUUGGCUUUUACUAAUGCCAGAGCAUACGUAUACCAUAAAGAAAUGGGUACAUGGCUAUUAAUUGGUGAUAGUCAAGAUCCCGUAUGGCGAUGGGCGUCAUUCAACGCAGCAAGUACAUCUGGAAGUAGAGUUCCUAGAGGUCCACUCUCUUCUUUACAAGAGGGAUUACUCAGAACAGCUGGAAAUACUUUACCGAAUCCGAGAUUACCACACAGCGCUCCAAGUGUAGUAUCUUACUUGGAACAACAAUUACUCGCUUCUAAAGCACUUGGAAGUUCUCAAGAAUAUAUACAUUGGCUCAUAGCCUUGGUAUCAUUCCUAUUAACUCAAGAUGGAUUAGAGAAACGUUUGAGGUUAAUCUUAGACGAGCUUUUGGGACCAAGUCACACAUCAGCUUCUAAAAGUAUAUGGGAUCCUUUAAUACUGGGGAUUAAAAAGCAUAAACUUUUAGAAGAUGUUUUGUCCAUUGUCGGUGGACACCUUCGUUGGCAAAGAUUGUACCUUGAGUAUGCAGAACAAUUAACAACAUUGAAGAAUCAAACUAUUUAAAAGAGAACGAUCAAAAUAUAGAUCUAUAAUAUAUAUUAUAUAUAUUAUAUAUAUAUUAUAUAUAUAUAUAUAGAUCUAAUUAUAUAUUAGCAUUGUAAUUAUAUAUUAUAAUUCUAAAAUAAUGUCGAUAAAUUUUAUACUACAACUAACAAAAUAAUUUUUUGAAUUUUUCACAUCCAUAAAACCUUUUUUUUUUUACGUAAUCUUAAUCUAAUAAAAAGCUUGUACAGUUCUUUUUAUAUUAAAAUAUUAUUUAAAAAUUGUAGUAUUUGUCCUUACAGUUAAGUUUGUUGCAAGAUUUAAGACAAUAACGAGUGAAAAGACUGUUUUCUAAAUAAAAUAAAAUAUAGAGAAAGGGAAAUAUAAAACAAAUUGAUCGAUUAAAAAUUUUAACAAUUUUAUGUCACCUUUAUAUACAUUACUUUAUGAACAAAAUGAAUUCAGAGUAUCUGCAAUGCAACAGUACCAGACAUGGCAUUAUCACAAACAUUGACAAGAUAUGAAACAGGUGUCAACAUAUGAUACGUGUAACUUUGAUAUUAACAUUCAAAUAUUUCCAAAACUUGUAUUACAAUUAUGUUCACCAAUACUAAUAAAAGGUGCAUAUUAAUACAAUACAUAGUUUUAAAAAAUACAGUACGAUAGUAAAAUACUUGCGCUCAUAAUUAGAACAUUACAGUUAAGAAAACAUGUUCUUCAAUGUUAAUUAAUAUAAUGCAAUAUUAAUUUGACGUAUUUCAUUAAAUGCACUUUGUAAUGGAAGCAUGAAACCCGAAAUGGAUAUAUUUUAUUUGUUACUCGAUUUAACCAUAACAUUAAAAUAAAAGAUAAAUUUGUAAUCUUCUAUAUAUUAUAAAUAUUGUUUCUAUUACAAAGCUGACAAAUAAAAUCUAUAAAAUACUUCAAGUGAAACAGCUAUUAUUAAAGAGUGGUUUUUAUAUAAGUUGUGAAAAUUGUAAUAAAAAAAUGUAUAAAUUUGACACAUAAAUUUAUGUAUAUUUACUAAAAUUAUAUCCAUGAAAACUUAAAAUAUAUAUAAAUCAUUCUUGAAACUCUUAGAACUAUGUGAAAUUUAAUUGAUUAUAUGUAAGAAUAUGUAUGCUUCAAAAAAGUAGAUAUUUAAACAAUGAUUUAAUACGGUAACAUUAGCGAGGGAACGAUGCACCAUAUAAAAAAGUAAAUUUAUAACUUGUAAGAAUAUAAAUCAUUAUAGAAUACAAUAAAUGUAUAUGAUAAAAAUCAGAAUAUUAUAAUAAAAUUUAUACAAAUAUAAUAAUAAAUUCGUAACAAUUUUACAAAACGUUGCAUUAAUUUAAAAAUUAAAUAUAAUGUUAGCGGUAACAUUUUGAAUUCAAAACUGGAUUCUAUUGUGCGAUAAUAUGCAUAUAAAUAGAUAUAGAUGCACAAAUAUACAGCAAAAUUUGUACCUAUUUAUUUGUCUUUUAAUUGACACUGUAAUUAAGGAAGUAAAAACUUAUUUCUAUGAGUUGUACUACAAAAAUACUGAAUUCAUAAAAAGAAUUUGCACUCAUACUCAUAUGAAGAUGGUUUCAUUAUAAUUCGAUCGCGAACCUACCUGAUUAAAUAUUAUAACAAAUGAAGUGUUAAGAGGAAUGCACAGAAUCAUUUUUAAUUAAGUACGAAUAAAUACCAGUUAAAAACAUUAUGUACUCAUUGCUAUAUAAAAAAAAAUGCAAGAAUUUAAAAAUUAUCAUAAUAUUACGUCAUUUUGAUUAUACUUUCUUUAAGU